UCUUUUAAAUAUAUAUAUACGUUAUUUUUAUUGCUAUUGAUAUUGCUAUUACUAUCAUUACUUUCUGUUUUUUAUGAACAUUUCAACAAGCAAUGCCACAAUGGCAUUUGGAAGAAUGUUGGCCGACGAUGGAAUCACAACACUGACUCAAGUAGAUUCCAAUACCGUCGUAAUCACACCACGAUUCAACACGGCUAAUAAAACCGAACUAAAGAUCGGUGUUCUUUUGCCGUUUAGUCAAACAGAUGAUAAUUUCACAGCCCAGAUUGUGUGGGGUGGUAUGUCUGCUAUUCGAAUGGCUGUAAACGACAUCAAUGAACAGGGUUUGAUUCCUGGUGCAUACAUUACCCUGAUCGAGCGAGACUCUUUUCCACAGGAUUCAGCGGAACAGACAGCCGUUACUGAUGCCGUUUAUGCGUCGGUCACACUAUUGCAACAGGGUGUAAUUGGAGUCAUUGGUGAUAUAUCAAGUUCAUGGACUAGUCUGAGUGCAAUCAUGACAAGUACACUAGAAAUUCCACAAUGUUCAUUUACUGCCAGUGCAAUUUCUUUUUCGGACAAGACACAGUACAAGUACUUUUUUAGAACAAUUCCUACCCAAGUUAUUAUUGCCGAUGUCAUGCUUUCAUUUGCAGCAGCUCAAAACUGGACAAAGAUUGGUGUUCUAUACACAGACGACCCACUUGGUCAACAAUUCUAUCAAAGAGCCGUGGUUCAGGCUGGUAUUACUCACCUCCAGAUCACUCAAUUCCACGCAAUUCCUUUGACAGGAACCGAGACUAUCCGCAGUGAUCUGACCAGCAUGACAUCGGCCGGAACACGGAUUAUGAUUGUUGCGGCGUCGGGUGACCCACUGGCCAACCUGAUGAUUACUGCGGCAGAUAUGGGCUUGAUGUCGAGUGAGUAUGCCUGGUUGCUGAUGGGCGAAGUCAGUGACAGUCUGUCGGAUUCAAUCCAGGCCCACAAUGCCAACCACAACACCACACGGGCCAUCGACUACAAUCAGACGUUCUCUGGUCUGUUUAUGUUUGACAACUGGCUGACAUUAUAUGGAUACCCACCCUUUGAAUCGUUUCUGGAUCUUUGGUCCGCGCUCGAUCCAUCUGCAUAUCCGUUUGCUGGUCAACGGAAGAUAACUACAAAUGAAGGUCUAGCUUAUUCAUGUAUGAUGGUAAUGGCCCAAGGAUUCAGUCAUACUGUGAAUACAAUUUCCAAUCAAUCCUACGCUCUUGAACAACUUGCGUCUGGUGAACUUGGCCAAUACCUUUUGCCGUCAGCCUUUAACGUAGGCUAUGUAGGACCUGAGGGACCAAUGGUGUAUGAUUCUAAUGGAGAUUUAACAAACGGAAACUAUCGUAUCUAUAAUCUUCAACACGGAAAUCAAGCUGUCAUUGGCCAGAGUGUGGGAGGUGUCUUGACACUCACAAGUUCUCCGAUCUAUCAUGACGGUACCUCAAAGGCAAACUUUCAUUCCCCGGCAAUUACAGCACUCAAUCCAGACAUGUCUUCUCCAGUUGCACAUGCCAUUCUUGCUGUUGCAGCCACAGGUAUAUUCUUUGCACUCAUUGUAUUUGGAUUGGUUGUUACGUUUCGUAAGCAUGAGGUUUUCAAGGCAUCAAGUCCUUUGUUUUGUUGCUUUGAAUUGGUUGGAUUUGUUUUGACGUAUCUUUCGGUAACAUUCAUGAUCGGUACACCAACCCAGACGAGUUGUAUUGCUGGACCAUUGGUAUUCAACUUUGGAUUCUUGUUAGUUCUAGGAAAUAUGAUUGCAAAGAACUAUCGUAUCUACCGAAUCUUUAAUAAUAUAUUUAUUUCUCGAACGGUUAUUACAGACCUACAGCUUAUAAAGACCGUAUCUGUUGUGGUUGGAAUUGACAUGAUCAUCUUGUGUAUAGGCUUGAUUGUUUCUAAACCUACUCCAACAAUGGUUGCUGUAUCUGUAUCGGUUUACUACUGGGAGUGCCAGGCACAGUCAGAUUAUAAAAUUGUUUUUUCAUGCCUGAUGGGAAUCUAUGUCAUGUUUCUCUUGGUCUUUGCGACCUACCUUGCCUACAAAACCCGAUUGGCCGGUAGACAAUAUUCUCAUUACAAUGAGUGUCGUCAGAUGGGAUUAUCUGUCUAUAAUAUUCUAUUUUCUGCCCUGGUUGGAUUUGCAGUUGGGUUGAACCAGAUGGCAGACUUUUUCACAAAGUAUUACAUAACAGUCAUAACAAUCUUAUGGGCAACGACCUUUUCGCUCUUGAUACUGUUUGUUCCAAAACUCCAAGCAUUCUAUAAACAGAGAACAGUCGAAAAGCAGGCGGCCAACAAUGAAGCCAAGGAGGUCGAGCAACGCAACAUAUUACAGUCUGUGUUUAAUAGUACGAGUGUACAGCCAACAGAUGGCUUUAGUGGAUUCAGUAACACUGGUGGAAUUGGUGGUGGUGGUGGCAAUAUCUAUGGUGGUAACGGAAACGGAAAUGUUGGUGAACUGAUCAGCCUGGAUCAACUUUUGGCAUCUGAUAACUCGGGGCUACUGGAUCCGGCCCAGGCAGAACAGCGAAAGGCAAGUAUAGUCAGUGCGUACCUAGAGUUAUCGAACUCUGGGGGAGAUUCCAAUUGUGUAGAGGUUCACGAGUGGGAGAUGAAGCACAUCAUGGUAUUUCCCUGGCUUGGGUAUUUUUCAUACUUUUCGCAAGAGACUAGAAAAGGAACUGUUCUAGCGUAUGCUCAGGCAGCCAUUCAUUCGGCACAGCUCAAUGACUAUGUAAUCAAGGUGAAGGGACAGGGCUUGUACGAUAUGUACAUCCAGGUUCCGGAUCUCAAGGCUGUCGAGACCUGGCAGAGAUGCUUUAACCAGAAAUCCAAUCCACAGACAUACAUUCAGACUGGCCAGCCCUCGUUUAACAUCAAUUCUGAUUUGAAUUCAAGUAGUCGUCCUAAUAAUAAUCAUCAUAAUGAUCUCCACAGUCGUCCUGGUGGUUUAUUGUCGGAUGAGGAUGACUCAGAUACCUUGGAGGCUCAAAAGUCAGUUGUCCCCGCCAAAGAUGGACAUGCUCCGCCACCGUCUCACUCGCCCAGACGGCAAUCCAGUGAGCGGACUGUGCAGGGAAGCCUUGGCCAAUCCAGUAGUCGGCGUCUCAGUACAACAGCCACUUUGACCUGAAUAGACUUGACUUGACUUGACUUGGCCUGACCUUACCAAAAGAUAGAAAAAGGGAAUAUCCCGUUAUUUCACAUAGUACAAACCUAAAAAAAAAAUCUAUUCAUAUUUUUAUUUGCCUGCUUACUUGCUUACCCACUCAUUCACAUAUUAACAAACAAAUGACAACUAUAUAUUUAGUUAAUGGGUUUAUGGGCGUAUUACUCACUAUACCUUGAAUACAAACAUGUACACAUUUCUUUAAAU